AUGAAGUUCUGCUACCCUGCUACCAUUGCUCUUACUGCCGUAGCCACAAUUGCUCAAGCCGCAGAUUUUUGUGGUCCAAGUCGUAAUGAUUAUGAUUCAAUUCAAGCUGGGCAGUACAAGAUCUACCAUGGCUCCGGAGAAAUAUCUGGUCAGCUUUGUUCAGCAGUGGAUUCUUUUACCGACCACACGGUUGCCUUUCACACGAAUGCGAACAUUCCUGAAACAAGCUCGGGUGGUACCAAUAACUUGAAUCCCGUUACGUUCGCUGCUGCUCAACUGCUGGCGGACUCAAAGCGAGUUGGAGAAAUCAAGUCCAUACCGGUAACCCUCUAUCACGAGUACACUUUCGACGGUAAGCUGUCCGCAAACGUUGGUCUCAGCUUAACUGUUGGGCCUGUAGAUUAUACGUAUUCUCCACUUGAAAUCUUGGUUUGGAUGACUGGAUACGGUGAUUACAUUCCUGCGUCAGUGACCCAAUCCACUGACUCGGUUGUUAUCGGCGGAAGGGAAUAUGAUAGGUACCGACUACCGUCUCCGGCCAAAUCGAUUUGGUAUGUUCCGAGGAUGGCGAUGCCUGCUAUCACGGAUGACUUGUACCCUUUUAUCAAUGAUUCCAUAUUCAUCUCAGCCGGUAUCACUUUCAAUGAUUAUGUUCAUAAAGUACAAGCUGUCACUAACAUUAUCACCGCUGCCAACGCCAAACUAACUGUGACGAAUUUCACUGCAGAAAUUCUAUAG